AUGGCUACCCCUAGUGUCCUAGCUUUUGACGUUGAGGGUCGCGCCAUUGAUUUUGAGGUCUGGCUAGACGACCUGCAGCUGUUCUUACAGUGCGACAGGGCUGAUGACCUUUCUCUCUUUGACCUCACCUCUGGCGCCUCUCCUGCUCCUGCUGCUGAUGCUGAUCCCGCUGUCCACUCUAAGUGGGCCACCCGCGAUGCUGCUGCACGUCUUGCUGUGCGUCGCCACCUCCCUACCUCUGAGCGUGUGCACUUUAGUCAGUACAAGAGUGCUCAGACCUUGUACGACGCUGUAGUUGCGCGCUACUCCUCCCCUGCCACUGCUGCCCUGAGCCGUCUCAUGCUUCCCUACCUCUUUCCUGACCUCUCUGCCUUUCCCACUGUCGCUGACCUCAUUACGCACCUCCGCACUAGUGACACUCGCUACCGCGCCGCCCUUCCUGCUGAGUUCUGCGCUAGGAACCCCCCUCCCAUGUACAUCGCUCUCUACUACGUAGUCGCGCGCCUCCCUGACUCCCUUCGCGUCGUCAGGGACCACUUUCUCGCAGUCUGUCCCACCACUCUCACCGUCGACCUCCUCGAGAAGGCCCUCCUUGCAGCGGAGAAGAGCAUAGUCGCUGUAGGUGCUUCUCGUGGUGACCCUCGCACCCCCAUCUUUGAGGGGUGCUCUCCUUCCCCCUUGCUGCCCUCUGUUGCCUCUGCUGCUGCUGCCGACCUGCUUGGUCUUGAGUCGGUCGGCGCGGCGUCUGCCCCUAGUGGGAGACGUCGCUCCAGCAAGGGCAAGGGAGGCAAGGGCGCGGGUGGAGCUGGGGGGGGCGGUGGCGGUGGCGGCGGUGGCGGCGGAGGGAGUGGGGGUGGCGGCGGGACUAGUGGCGGGGGUGGUGGUGGUGGUGGUGGCAGCAGCGGCGGAGACGGUGGUGGUGGUGCCAGCGGUGGUGGUGGAGGCAGCGGCGGAGGUGGAGGCGGCGGAGGUGGAGGCAGUGGAGGCGGCAGCGGCGGAGGCAGUAGUGGUGGAGGAGGUGGAGCUGGUCGGGGUGGUACCCAGCAGCGUAGCGGCGGUGGCGGUGGCCAGCGCUCGCACCGGCAGCAGCAGCAGCGCUCACGGGACAUCCCUUCGCCUCAGCAGCUUCGUGAGUGGUACGCUGGGCGUCAGAGGGGUGGGGGUACUGGUCCCUGCACCUACGUUCUUCGUUCCGGCGACCGCGCGGGUGAGCAGUGUGGGGGUGCCCACGCCACCCAGCGCUGCUUUGGCUGCCUGACGGACGCCUGGCGUCAGCAGUUCCCUGGGGCUAGUGAGAUCCCUCGCUGGGAUGAGCUUCUCAGGGCUGGUGUAGCGAUCUUUGAUCUUGAUUUUGAUGCUAUCCUUACUGCUAUGUAUGUUGUGGAUUAUAGUGAGGAGAAUGAGGGUUACCGGUGUUUCCAGCCCGACCCGGGCAUUGGUACUGCUGCGCUAGGUACUUGUGAGGCUGCUGCUCUAGGUGCCAGUGCGUCUGCGCUCUCAGGUACUGGUGAGACUGCGUUCUCAGGUACUGAGUCGUCCUCGUCCUCCCUCACUUUCACACUUGACUCCGGAGCUUCUCGCUCCUUCUUUCGAGACCGCACUACCCUUUCGCCGCUCGCCAGGCCGGUUGCGGUCUCCCUUGCUGACCCCUCUGGGGGUCCUGUCCUGUCUCACUUCUCCACUGUCCUCCCGUGUCCGGCUGCCCCUUCGGGCACCCUGUCUGGUCUGUACCUUCCCUCGUUCUCUACGAACUUGGUGAGUGGAGCGGACCUGCAGGAUGGGGGUGUUCACCAGUUCACUCCUGCGCGUCAGCGGGUGACCCACUGCACGGAGGCUCGCACAGGCCGACACCUGGCCACGUUCUCGCGUCGGCCAGGGUCGAGUCUCUACACCCUGACCGUUGAGUCUCCUCCUGUCCCUGCGUCUGGUCAGGUGGCUGCGUCGGGUCAGGUACUUGCUGCUGCGUCCCGGUCAGGUCCUGAGUCUGCCCCCUGUUCUUGUCGCCUCCUGUCUCACGAGACUCUCCUGUGGCACCACCGUCUUGGCCACCCCUCCUUGCCCCGUCUUCGGAGCAUGGCUUCCCGUGUCCUUGUCUCUGGUCUUCCCCAGUCUCUCCCUCCUCUCCCCUCCGGGCCAGGACCUUCCUGUGUCCCCUAUGUCGAGGGUCGCCUCCGGGCUACUCCUCACUCCUCCCACUUCCCCCCGACAGAGGCUCCCCUGCAGACGCUUCACAUGGAUGUGUGGGGCCCAGCCCCCGUCCGUGGGCAGGGUUACGAGCGAUACUUCCUGUUGGUGGUUGACGACUACUCGCGUUACACCACAGUCCUCCCCUUGCGCAGCAAGGGUGCGGUCACUGAGGUGCUGAUCGACUGGAUCCGCGAGGCUCGUCUCCAGCUCAGGAAGAGCUUCGGCUCGGACUUUCCUGUUAUGCGUCUGCACUCUGACAGAGGCGGAGAGUUCUCUUCUCGCCUUCUGCGAGACUACUGUCGUGCAUGGGGGAUCCGCCAGACCUUCACGCUUCCGGACUCACCACAGCAAAAUGGGAUUGCUGAGCGCCGCAUUGGCAUGGUCAUGGAUGUCGCUCGUACGUCCAUGAUGCAUGCGGCUGCCCCCCAUUUUCUGUGGCCGUUUGCGGUGAGGUACGCGGCGCAUCAGCUCAACCUUCACCCCCGGGGAUCUCGGGCGUUUGUCCGCGACUUGUCUGCGGACAAGCUGUCCCCUCGUGCUGCUCCCUGUGUCUUUCUUGGCUUCCCCACUGACGCCCCAGGGUGGCAGUUUUACCACCCCUCCUCUCGUCGUGUUCUGUCCUCCCAGGACGUCACGUUCGACGAGUCAGUCCCCUUCUACCGUCUCUUCCCCUACCGCACUCCUUCCCUCCCCCCUCCCCCGGACUUCCUUGUGCCGGUUCCCCCCCCGGUAGACCCCCUCCCCCCUCAGGUUCCUGCCCCCUCAGGUGUGUCCCAGGUAGACGCCGUUGACCCGGUCGAGGUUACUGGUGACUCUGGUCCUGCUGCGGGUGCUGAGCCUGGGGGUGCUGACUCUGCGGGUACUGUGCGCGGGGGUGCUGUGCCUGGGGGUGCUACUGCUGGGGGUGCUGGGCCUGAGGGUGCUACUGCGGUGGGUGCGGAGCCUGGGGGUGCUGAGCCGGGGGGUGCUGUGCCUGGAGGUGCUGGGUCUGGGGGUGCUGGGUCGGGAGCUGCUGAGCCUGGGGGUGCUGAGCUGGGAGCUGCUGAGCCUGGGGUUUCUCCUGCUGCUGCGUCUCGCCGGGAGCCCCUCUCUCCACAGGAGCUGCGCGAGUGGUUCGCUCGCCGCUGGAGGCGUGCUGCUGAGUCUGGAGGUGCUGCUGGGGCUGGAGCUGGAGCUUCUUCGAUCGUCGAGGGUGCGGGUGCUGCCGGUCCCGGAGCUGCUGGACCUGCGGGUCCUCCUGGAGCUGGAGCUGCUGAGGGCGUUGGUGCUGAGCCUGCUGCUGUUGGUCCUGCCGCUGGAGGUGUGGGUGGCGCUGGUGCUGUCGCUGAGGGUGCUGGUGCUGUCCCUGCUGAGACUGGAGCUGCCGCGCGGCCUCGGCCGUACUUCGUUCCGCUCCUUCAGCAGGUUCUUGGUCUUUCUCCUCAAGUAGAGGGUCCACCGCCUGUCCAAUCGCAGUCCCUACUGGAGCCUUCCUCUCCACUGCCUGCUCCCUCUCCUUACACUGGUCCUACUGGAGGUCUUGCUGAGCGUCGUGAGCCUGCGUCUCGCCCCGCGUCGCCUGUUCGUGCUGCUCGCGCUAGUGGUCGCAGUUCGCGUCAGCGUCCUCCUCCUGUCCCUGGCACGCACCGGAUGUCUCUGCGUCCGUCCACUGCUCCUCUGCGUGCCCCUUUGCCUUCUCCUCCUGAGUCCUCUCUUCCUGCGCUUGCCGACCCUGAGUCGGACUCUCUUCGCGCUGCGAGUCCUACUGUCACGCGUCUGCUUGCUACUGUCGUCACUGACCCCUCUUUUGAGUCCACUGCUGCGUCUGCUCUAGUCGCUGAGCUCGUCGACUUUGCUGCUCGCUGUCGUCUCGACUACGCUGCUAGUCUUGUUGCUGAGUCUGCGUCUGUCUGUCCUCCGUCCGUCGGGGGUGAGUGUGCUCUUGGCACGGACGUCCUAGAGGACAGGCAGGAGGAGUUACAGUGUCUAGCGGCUGCUUCACCUCAUCUCGCGUCUGUACUGCUUGCCCCUGAGGGAGACCCGGAUGCACUAGACAUCCCGACUCCGCGUUCUUACGCGGAGGCCGUAGAGGGCCCCUACUCCUCUCAGUGGCAGGCAGCCAUGGAUGCAGAGAUGGCUUCCUGGAAGUCCACAGGCACCUACGUUGACGCGGUUCCCCCUCCUGGGGCGAACAUCGUCAGUGGCAUGUGGAUCUUCAGGGUGAAGCGGCCGCCGGGCUCUCCACCUGUCUUCAAGGCACGGUACGUUGCUCGUGGCUUCAGUCAGCGGCAGGGAGUUGACUACUUUCAGACCUUCUCUCCCACCCCGAAGAUGACUACUCUUCGGGUGCUGCUGCACAUAGCCGCUCAGCGCGACUACGAGCUUCACUCUCUCGACUUCAGCACUGCGUUCUUGCAGGGUAGCCUGCACGAGGAGAUCUGGCUUCGCCGUCCACCUGGCUUCACUGGGACUUUCCCUCCUGGCACCCAGUGGAGCCUCAGACGGCCAGUCUACGGUCUCCGCCAGGCACCGCGUGAGUGGCACGACACACUGAGGACUACGCUUGCGGCUCUUGGGUUUGCUCCUUCUACUGCUGACCCGUCGCUGUUUCUUCGCACCGACACUUCCCUGCCGCCGUUCUACAUCCUCGUGUACGUCGACGACUUGGUCUUUGCCACAGCGGACACUGCUGGACUCGCCUACGUGAAGUCCGAGCUGCUGAAGAGACACACGUGCACAGACCUGGGUGAACUGCGCAGCUACCUUGGCUUGCAGAUCACUCGGGACAGAGCACGUCGCACCAUUACCUUGACUCAGUCACACAUGGUGCAGCAGGUCCUUCAGCGCUUCGGCUUCACGUACUCCUCGCCUCAGGCCACUCCUCUGCCUACUCGCCACUCACUCUCAGCUCUGCCUUCGGAUGAGUCCGUAGAGUCGAGUGGUCCGUAUGCAGAGCUUGUUGGCUGCCUCAUGUACCUGAUGACCUGCACACGACCUGACCUUGCAUACCCUCUGAGCAUUCUUGCGCGCUAUGUUGCUCCUGGGAGACACAGACCGGAGCACAUGGCUGCAGCGAAGAGGGUAUUGCGCUACCUGUGCAGUACGUCAGGCAUGGGGCUAGUGCUUGGAGGGCGGAGUCCAGUGGUCCUUACCGGCCACGCGGACGCUUCUUGGGCUGACGACCAGGCUACGCAGCGGUCGUCACAGGGUUACACCUUCAGCCUUGGUUCCGGCUCUGUCUCGUGGCGGUCUACUCGCUCGUCUUCGGUUCUCGGCUCCAGUUGUGAGGCUGAGAUCUACGCCGGAGCCAUGGCUGCACAGGAGCUUCGCUGGCUCACCUACCUGCUGACUGACCUUGGAGAGCCGCCUCGUUCUCCUCCAGUGCUGUACGUAGACAACAAGGCUAUGCUGGCCUUGUGUCGAGAGCAGCGCUUGGAGCACAUAACGAAGCACAUUGCUCUCCGCUACUUCCUUGCUCGUGAGCUUGCAGCAGCGUGGUCAGUUGCGACUUGCGUACGUGGCCUCUGA